CUUCCCGUCUACCCGGCCGCUUCCACUGUGAUGGGGCUUCCGAACAUGCUAGGAACCUUCCAGAACCUUCCGCGUCUGCGCCGCUGGCCCCGCCGCGCCUCACUUCUCCUUCACCGCUUCUACACCCGCGCGCCGCGGCCACCGCCGCCGCGUCACGCGGGCGACAUCGGCCGAUGGAACUGUGCCAUCAUGGCGCAUUUCCGCGCCGGCAGGGUGGGGGCGGCGCGGCGGGUGUUCGACGAAAUGAGCGAGCGGAACGUGUUCACGUGGAACUGCAUGAUCUCGGGCCUGGUCAGGAACGGGAUGCUCACCGACGCGCGCGGGGUGUUCGACACGAUGCCGUUCAGGAACUCCGUCUCGUGGGCCGCGCUGCUGACGGGCUACGCGCGGUGUGGGAGGGUGGCAGAGGCCAGGGAGCUGUUCGACCGGAUGCCUGACCGGAGCGUGGUCUCAUGGAACGCGAUGAUCUCGGGCUACUUGUGGAACGGGAUGGUCGACAGGGCGCGGGAUCUGUUCGACGUAAUGCCGGCGAGGAAUGAUGUGUCGUGGCUCAUGAUGAUCUCUGGGUAUAUGAAGAGGAAGCGCGUCCGUGAAGCGAGAGAGAUCUUUGACCGUGCGCCUUCACCGACGACUUCAGUGUGCAAUGCUUUGCUGUCCGGUUAUGCCGAACAUGGUUACCUGAAGGAUGCAGAGGACCUGUUUGGUCGGAUGCAGACACCAGACCUUGUUUCUUGGAACGCCAUGAUCACAGGCUACACACGGGCUGGGAUGAUGCAGGUUGCACAGAGACUGUUUGAUGAGAUGCCUGAAAAGGAUACUGUAUCUUGGACAGCCAUUGUGCGUGGGUAUUUACAGAAUGGAGAUGUCGAUGCUGCAUGGAAGGUUUUCCAGGACAUGCCUGAUCGUGAUGUCCUUGCUUGGAACACAAUGAUGAGUGGUUUUGUGGUGAGUGAGAGGUUGGAUGAUGCACUGAGAUUGUUUGCUGACAUGCCUGAUAGAGAUCUGGUAUCAUGGAAUACAAUCUUACAAGGAUACGUCCAACAAGGAGACAUGGAUGGUGCUACUGCCUGGUUUAGAAAAAUGCCAGAGAAAGAUGAGGCAUCAUGGAACACAUUGAUCUCUGGUUACAAAGAUGAAGGAGCACUAAAUUUGCUGUCCGAAAUGACCCAAGGAGGAUAUAGACCUGACCAGGCCACUUGGAGCGUGGCUAUUUCUAUCUGUUCCUCUCUUGCUGCUCUAGGGUGUGGAAGAAUGGUGCACGUUUGCACGAUUAAAACCGGCUUUGAGCGCGAUGCUUUGGUGAUGAGCUCAUUGAUAUCCAUGUACUCCAAGUGUGGGCUAAUUACUGAAGCUUCCCAAGUUUUUGACCUGAUUGUGCAACGGGAUACAGUGACAUGGAAUGCCAUGAUUGCGACAUAUGCUUAUCAUGGUCUAGCUGCUGAAGCUCUGACACUCUUUGACAGGAUGACCAAAGAUGGGUUUAGCCCAGAUCAUGCAACGUUUCUGAGUGUGUUGUCUGCUUGUGCACACAAAGGGUAUCUAUAUGAAGGCUGCCACCAUUUUAGAAGUAUGCAGCAAGAUUGGAACUUGAUUCCAAGAUCUGAUCACUAUUCGUGCAUGGUUGACCUCUUAGGAAGAUCAGGUUUUGUACAUCAGGCUUAUAAUUUUACCAGAAGAAUCCCUUCCGACCUUCAAAUAAAUGCAUGGGAGACACUGUUUAGUUCAUGCAAUGCUCAUGGGGAUAUCCAGCUUGGGGAACUCGUAGCAAAAAAUGUUCUUCAGUCGAGACCUUCUGAUGGAGGAAUGUAUACACUCUUGUCAAACAUAUAUGCUGCUAAAGGGAUGUGGAGCAGUGCUGCUAGUGUUAGAGGUCUCAUGAAAGAACAGGGGUUGAAGAAGGAGACUGGGUGUAGUUGGAUUGAGCUGAAGGGGGACGUUGUUUCCUUCUCAUCAAAUGAUAAAGCACAUCCUUUGAUUGAGCAGAUAUGCCAAGAAGUUGGUAAUCUUUCUAAUUUGAUAGAAGAGGCAAGUUAAAUGGAAACAUCCUUUGACAUGGUUAUCGAAAGGAAUUCAGAUGAUUUCUUUGAGACUAUUCACAAUCACAUGGAUUCAAAGGGCAGCAACGACUCGGCAACAACCCAGCCACAUCUAUCCAUUUGUCUGGCAGAGUAAAGCUCCACAGAGAGUCCGGCUGGUUACUGCCAAGGGACCGCAUUCAGACAAGGAACAACCUAUUCAGGAAACACAUUCUGGAUCAUGACAUUUGUGAGCUAUGCAAUGCAGCGCCUGAGACUUCGGACCAUCUUCUCUUCAGCUGCUCCGUCGCCAGGCAGUUCUGGGAAAGGAUCAGCGGCCAGGGGAUAAUCUUCCCGCCGGUGACUGAGCUAUGGAACUUCCCCAGACCUGCGACGUUACCGCCUGACCACUUCAACACUUUCAUCCUCCUAUGCUGCUGGUGCAUCUGGAACCACCGUCACGAUGUUGUUUUCAGGCAAAACCAACCGUGCCUUCGACAGCUGCUCUCCAACUGCAGAGAAACUUGUCGCCUCUGGACAUGUAGGUUCAAAACGCAGGAUAGAAUAUGGUGCAUACUCUGUUCACUAUAUAAUGUAACGCUUCCUCCUUCUUUCUUGUUUAUGUAAACCAAUAUGUAAGGACAACUUUCCGUGCACCAGCUUGCCGGGAUCAAUGGAGUUUAUUCAGGUAGGGCACUCACCCCUCCGGUGAAGUCUUCAAAAAAAAAACAUUGAUACAUGGUAGAAGCUAUGAAUGCUCGAAUUGAAAGCCUUUGGAGGAAUUACACAGUGAUGGUUUGCUGGAGCUGAGUCUUCUCUUGUGGAGGUUCCUUCAAGAUCACAAUCAAGGAAUUCAAAACAGCAUGACGGUGACAUCCUUUGGAACCCUGGUGGCUGGCUAAGUGAGUCAAUGUGAAGUAAUGGACCCUCAAACUGGAUCCUUUCAAUAGAAUUUAUCCUACUAUGGGCCAUUGGGACUCAGAGUUGGUGAUUGAUAUUUUCUCUGAAGAUGAGCCUGAGCAAAUUUGGCCAUGCAAGAUGAUUGCUUGGUUGUCUGACUUAAGGGUAUUUUGUCAGUUAAAUUGCAUACAAAUUAGGCAUACAAGUGCAGAUCAGAGGGCAGCGAGAAAUGCUUCAUCUUCAAGUCACUCUGAUAAUGCUACUGUUCAGUGGUUUUUGUAUAUGGAACAUACAGGCAUUACAUAAUUUCAAAAAUGUUCUUAUGGAAAUUACUCCAGAAUAA